UUUGUUGUCAAGAUACCAAAAUGGGUUUGUUCCAAAGUUGCUUGAGAAAAAAUAAUAAAAUUGGCAUUCUAUCUGACGAGGAGGAAGCCGCCUACAAAAAGAUCGAAGAGGUCAACGAAGAAAUGGCGCAAGAGAAGAUUGACAUUCAAACUCUCCCAGAGAUGAUGUUUUGUGUCACUCCGAUGGAAGCCCAUGGGGACGCCACUCAUCCUCCAGAUGUCACUAAAAAGACUGUAAUGAUGAAUAUCAAUUACAAAUCAAGUGUGCCUAAAUUGCCUCCUAUUCCUGGACAAGUUAAGACGAUCCUAAUUCAGGAUCUAGACGACGAACACGAUUACCUUAAAUGGGAAGAAGAAACUAAGAGAGUUCUUAUGGAGCAAGGUCCUCUGAAGAUUGGCAAGGAUAAGUUGUCAGAACAAAGAAGAAGACAGCUUCUCCGAAGAAAUUCAAACUGAAAGAAACUAACAAAUAUUGUGAACAGAAGAGACAGAUAAUACCCGCUGCUGUCAUCUAUAAUAGGAUGAUUUUGAAGUUUGAACACUUAUUUAAAAAAAAAACAAACAUUUUUUUGGCUUCAGUUGUGACUGAUUUGUUGAAGGAGAGACAUCAACAUGUUUAUAGACAAAUUCUUUGCAAUUUAAACUUUACAUGGCAUUUUGUGGUUUUUUC